CGGAAAUCAUCUUCGUAACCACCACCAAAUGAACUUCAUGUCGGCACCUCUCUCGUGCAACGACCGCCAGCCGGCUGGCGAUGUACGUGCAUCUCACGCAGAGCAUGCAGCGCAUGAUCUUUCUGACGCAGCGCUAGGAGGCUCGAUACGCAUACAAGAUGGCCACUUCACAGAUGGGUACGGCCGCACCCUUUCACUGCGUGGCCUCAACGUGUCCGGUUCAAGCAAGCUGCCCACUGAACCCAAUGGCCUGUCCCACCUCACUGAGGGUUUCUUUGAGCAUCGCACCGUCACUUUCGUGGGGAGGCCGUUCCCUAUUGAGGAAGCGCAUCUUCAUUUCCGCCGAUUGCAGGCAUGGGGGUUGCCGCUCAUCCGGCUGCUGGUGACUUGGGAGUCCAUCGGCCACGCUGGUCCAAACCCAAACACUGAUCUCGACCUGGAGUAUAUCGCCUACCUGCGACAGAUCAUUGAGCUGAUGCCUAAGUACGACAUAAAGUGCUUCGUCUGCGCCCAUCAGGAUGUCUGGAGUCGCUUUAGUGGAGGAAGCGGGGCGCCCGGCUGGACCUUCGAAGCUGCCGGCCUUGAUAUCGAGGCCUUUACCGACACGGGUGCUGCAUACGUGCAUGGGCAGGAUGAUGCGAGGCGUGCGGUUGCGCCCGUCAAUGAGCGAGAGCCCAGCGGGCCUUUUGUGUGGCCAUCUGGAUACCAGAAGCUCGCAGCUUCCACAAUGGCAACCUUAUUCUGGGCGGGUGAUUCCCUCGCUCCUGAGCUCAAAUGUCGCCGCUCCCCGCUCCAUGGUAAUGGAACCCCGGAGGAUGUCUCGGUACAGUCAUUCCUCCAGGAUUCUUUGAUUGAAGCGUUUGGACGGCUGGCUGAUGAAGUGGGGCCGCUCGAGGCAUGUCUGGGCUUCGAGCCGAUGAAUGAGCCGCAUCGCGGCCUCAUCCAUUUGCACGACUUCCAUAGUUGGAACUACGAUACCGAACUACAUAUCGGGUAUUACCCGUCGUUUGCUGAGGCACUGGCACUUGGUAGCGGCUAUGCUCAACAGGUGCCAUACUAUGUCAAGUCCUGGCCCUUUCCAACCCGGAUCUCUCACCGAACGCGGGUUGAUCCCAGAGGCCGCUCCGCCUGGCUGCCACUGGAGAGCCACAAAGUGGCUGUGGCAGACCGACCCCAAGGAAUGGGGAGAUGUGUAUGGCGUGCACAUGGCGUAUGGAAAUGGGACGAGAAGAAGCAAGCCCCCGUCGUACUGCAGAAAGACUACUUCGAGUACGACCACAGGUCGGGCCACGAAGGUGAACGGAUCGAAUGGUAUCGCGACUGUUACGCCCCUUUCAUCCGACGAUUCACGGAGCGUACGUCACGCCAGCGUUCUUCACACCUUUGCUUUGUUGAGCCCAUCCCCAACGAAUUCAUGCCACCAUGGCAGCCCAACGAAAGCGAGCUCACCACUGCGCACCGCCAGCAGACCUACGCGACCAGGACACUAAUCACCACCGAGCGCCCUCGUAACUUCGUCUACACACCCCACUUCUACGACCUCAACGUCCUCUUCAGCAAAGCCCACAACUGGAUGAGCGUCAACGUGCAAGGUCUAUCACGAGGGAUGUUCAUCCUGCGCGGUUUGUACUUCGGCGUCCAAGGCCUACGCAAGAACUAUCGCGCUCAACUGCGCAACAUACUCCACUACGGCCGCGCCUCCCUCAGCCACGUGCCCGUCAUCAUCGGCGAGGUCGGCAUCCCAUUCGACAUCAACGACAAGACCGCUUUUGCAACAGGGGACUACGAUAUACAGCGCCAGCUCAUGAAUGCCCUGAUCGCAGCUAUGGAGGAUAAUCUGCUCGGAUUCACGCUAUGGAAUUAUAACCCGCAUAAUUGUGUUGAGUGGGGCGAUGGGUGGAACAAGGAGGAUUUCUCCGUUACGAAUGGGGAUGAGAUUGUGGAGCACGGGGAUGUGAGGCCCGAUUACCGCAACAAAUCGCAUGAGGGGGACGAAUUGUACCGUGGCGGAAGAGUCCUGGACGUGGUUAUUAGGCCAUAUGCGAUUAAGAUCGCUGGCGAGCCGCUGAGGUCGGACUGGGAUCCGAGAACGCUGAGGUUUGAGUUUGACUGGGAAAGCAAAUCGGAGAAGGUAGAUAUUGGAAAAGGGGAUAAGGCGAGGUUGACGGAGCUGUUCCUGCCUAAGUACCAUUACGAGGGACAUGAGUUGAAGGUCGAGGUUAGUGAUGGGGAGUGGGAGGUGGACUGGGAGAGGCAGACAUUGUAUGUGAGACACCGUGUGCACGGUACGGAGGUUGCGAGGCAUAGUCUUGUGGUUGAGAUUCGGGAUGUGGGAAAGCAUUUGAGAAGAAGAGUGGAAGAUAGAAGAGAGGCGUUUCCAGGAGGGGUGAUUCCUAUUGGCGUGGAGGUUUGGUUGGAAGGACUCACUUUGAAUCAGGUUCUUGCAGGUUUAGUGGCUGUUCUGGCUGGGGUUGUGGCACUUUUGGCUAUUGUUGUCGAGGCUAGAAGGUAGGGGUAUCCUGAUAAUAAAAUUGUAGAUCUUCACCCUUCAUCACGGUGAGAUGACGGGUAAAUUCC